AUGGUUUGGUCAAAGAUUGCACAGGUGUUUUCGUUUGGGAGCCAGUGGGGAGACAAUACGAUUCGAGUUGUUGAGGGAAAUGACGCGUCUGCAAUGCUCAAGAGAGUAGAGGGUAUCUUGGAGGACUCAAUGCGGGUCCUCUCCAGUCAUGAACGAGUACUAUCACAAGGGGAAUUUGAUACGUUCAGCAUCAAGUACCGAAAUUUGACACUUAAGGUCGUCGAGGUCAAGCAAGAGGUUCACGGUGAACAGACCCGCGGAAUCUUUUCCGCCAGUCCGGCAGGAAGGCAGCCUUUUCGUCUCGACCAACAGGUGGCUCUUCUUUAUAGACAAGCACGGAUCUACCAGCGUGAUGUUCUAACGGCUAGCCGCCGGGCUCAGGCCAUGGAAGAGGCAGUGUUCAACGAGAUACAUGGAGUUGAUACCCAACCAGGUUCAUCCGAAAUCAUAGAGGCACGUAUCACACUAAACCAUGCCCCAGUAGCCGACUUCAUACUACUUCCAGGCGUCAGGAUCGGGGGCAACCUGGUACUCAACUCCCUGGCUUCAUCUACCACAGGCUCUGAGACCUCGACGCUCGUUGAUCGCCAACCAUACCUGGCCAUUGCCCACGUACGACCUGGGCGGUCCGGGUCGACCGACUCAACCGAGUCAGCAGAUAGCGAUACCUACCGGGAAAUACUCAUAUUGGAGAGUGAGGAAAAAACAAUUGUUAUGAUCAAUCCCAACCGUCGCCAUCUUAACAAAGACUUUGAUCCUCUGGAUGAAAGCUCAAUCCAAGAAAUGUCUCGGGCCGGCGAAGCUUUGCUACGAGUCACAGAUCCCCACAACUUGCAGGGGUACGAGGUCAUUGGAGCGCAGCAGGAAACAUCAUGGGUUGAUUCAUUUGUAAACACUCUGUCGAGACUGGGGGUAGGAAUAGGUGCCGACAUGAUGUAG